UUUUUUCUAGGGUCCCUAGAAAAUUCUUGAAUAUGGAUUUGAAAGUCACUAAAGAAAAUCUCAGUCAAUUUUAUUCAGGUUAUAACUAAGUUAUUUCGUAUAAUUUAGCUUUAUGCUUCGGAUAUUCAAUCUUCUUAUUUAUAAUUUUUUUUAUUAUCCAUUUAUUCUCUUUAUGGUUUCUUCGUUGGAAAACAACCUUUAUAGAUCUAAUGUGCAUGAUCUAUGAUUUAUGCACCUUCGUGCAACCGGACAUUUUUAAUGCUACAUGCACGGCUCCGAAUCAAGAGUUUAUCUUAUCUUUCUCUUAUCUGUAUAUCGUAAUAUAAUUUCUUUCGCUAAAACUCGAUCUUCUUCGAUCUUCUUUCUGCGGUCCUGUUCCACUUGAUUGGAUCUAUUUCCUAUCCCGUUUCAGACAGACAUACUCGACAAUGAGUAUAGAUACUACUUUAUAUACGCUACCCAACAAUCAACCUGUUGUUGCGUUGGAAUGUGAAAAUGCAUUCAAAUCCUUGACACAGAAGGAGAAACUGUAUGCCCAUUAUCUGAGUCAAGCAUCAUGGAACGGAGGAUUAAUAGUAUUAAUACAGACCUCGCCGGAAUCACCACUCAUAUUCGCAUUGUUGCAUAAGAUCUAUCUGGCAGAACCUAUCGAUGAAUUGAAAGAUGCUGCAAUGCGUGCCAAUGUCACAGACGACGACUUUACAGCUUUCUUAGUUUACAGUUGCGGAGUGUUCGCUAAUGCCGGAAACUACAAGGCUAUGGGUGACACUAAAAUUAUCCCGAAUCUACCGAAAAAUGCAUUUGAGACGAUAGUGAAAGCUUCGAAGGCCUACAGGGAUAAUUCGACGGAGGUGCAAAACAUAUGGAACAAUAUAUCAAACGUUUUAUAUUCCUUAGACGGCAAAUUACAAUCGCUGGGAUUAGGGGACAGAGGUGUGACAACUUACUUCUCCGCGAACUGCACGAAAGAGGAUGCAGAUAAAGUCAACGCUUUCAUGGAACACAAGGGACUCGAGUCCUACAAUGCGAGGUGCUUCAAGACAACGAUACGCGAUUCUAACGGUGGCGUUGACGUAUACGAGAUCAAAUUGGCAUCUGUGGAGACUUCUGACGAUCCCAAGAUAACGCUAUCCGAGGAAACGUACAGGAAUGCCAGAUUUAAGAUCACCAGAGGAGACUACAGCGAGCUCAUGGUACGCGUUGUGGAGAAUCUUAAGAAGGCCAAGGCAUAUGCUUCCAAUCAAACCGAGAAGGAUAUGCUGGACAAGUACAUCGAUCAUUUCCAGACGGGAUCUUUAGAUGAUCAUAGGGAUGGUUCUCGCCUUUGGAUAAAGGACAAAGGGCCGGCCAUCGAAACUUACAUCGGCUUCAUAGAAACAUAUCGGGACCCGGCCGGUCAGCGAGGCGAGUUCGAGGGAUUUGUGGCGAUGGUAAAUAGAGAAAUGUCCGAGAAAUUCGCCACGCUGGUCAACAGGGCCGAGGAAUUUAUCCCGAAAUUGCCGUGGAACAAUGAUUUCGAGAAGGAUACAUUUUUAAGGCCAGACUUCACCUCCCUGGAUGUUCUAACGUUUGCAGGAUCGUGCAUUCCGUCGGGAAUAAAUAUCCCGAAUUACGACGAGAUUAGGCAGUCCGAGGGCUUCAAAAAUGUGUCCCUGGGAAACGUUAUUCCCGCGCACAUGAAGGAUACUCGAGCGAUUCCGUUCCUGUCCGAAGCCGAUCAGGCCUUGAUGCACAAGUACAGGAUACCCAGCUUCGAAGUGCAGGUCGGCCUACACGAGCUUCUCGGCCAUGGUACCGGCAAGUAUUUCAAGCAGACCGGACCGGACAGCUUUAACUUCGAUCGCGACGUUGUGAAGAAUCCUCUGAACGGAGGCAAGAUAGACAAGUUCUUCUUGAAAGGAGAGACCUACGAUUCGAAAUUUGGCCCGAUGGGCUCUUCAUACGAGGAAUGCAGGGCAGAGGCGGUCGGCCUCUACUUGAGCUUGGAGAGAGAGGUAUUGAGCAUAUUUGGUCACGAGGGAUCGAUCGCGGAGGACAUAAUCUACGUGAAUUGGUUGUCCCUGUUGUGGUCAGGGUUCGCGAAGGCUUUCGAGAUGUACCAACCGUCUACCGGCACUUGGUCACAGGCGCACGCCCAAGCACGCUACGUUCUGCUAAGAGUGUGUCUCGAGGCGGGCGACGGUUUCGUCAACGUUGUUGAGACCGAAGAUGGAAAAAAUCUUGAAAUGAGCGUCGAUCGCAGGAAAAUCUUUACGACUGGCAAGAAGGCCAUCGGAGAUUUCCUCUUGAAGCUGCAAGUUUACAAGAGUAUGGGAGAUGUCGAGUCAGCGAAGGAGAUGUACGACAGAUACAGCGCAGUGCCUGAAAGCGGACCACAUCCAUGGGCUCGCUGGAGGGACAUAAUUCUCUCCCGCAAGGAACCGAGAAAGAUCUUUGUUCAGUCAAACACGUUUAUCGACGGUUUUGACCCCAAUAACGUGGUGUUGAAGAAUUACGAGUCGUCGUUCACGGGAUUUAUACAAUCGUGGAUAGAGAGAUUUCCGAACUUAGACAUAUCCCAAACACUGAUAGCGCUUUGGAACAAAGACAAGAAGCAUUUUCCACUGGCGAAUAAUUAAUCGUUCGUGUGUCUAUUCGUGGAUUCGACCGUUGAAACAUAAAAAAAUUCCAUGUUCUUGUAACACCUCUUUUAAUUGCUAAGAGUUGGAAUGACCAAUGUUGUUUGUUCGAAAGUAUUACAUUUAGAAACCGCAUUUUGUAAACAUGGAAUGAUAAUAGUUACUGAAAUUGGGUAUGAAAUAUGUACAUACAUAUGUGCAAUAGCUUUAACUUUUUUAAAGGUGUAUCCGUGGAUAGGUGUAGAUGAUAUAAUAUAUUAUAUAUACGUAUAAUGAAUUGUAUUUUAACACGUAACAUUCUAACAUUCAUUAUCGCUAUUGGAUCUAUCUAAUCUCUUGUAUUUUAUUUCUUUAAACAAAGUACAAGAUUAGAUAAAACCUAAAAAACAUGUUUAAUACAACUGAAUUUCAGACUAUCGCAUUUAACGUUAUUGUCAUAAAUUAUGAAGCGACGCAUUUGAAAUCUUCGAUUCUUUAAUGAAUUUGUACCGAUAUAUAAAGGAGAGUAAUUAUAUAAAACUAUUUUAUAAAAAGCAUAAUAAAUAUUAUAUAAAAAGCA